AUGGGAAAGACGAAGCCCGCCAAGCGCAGCAGCGCAUCAAGUCCAUAUGAGCGACCGAGCAAGAAGGGCGAUUCGAGCGCCAAGAACAACGUCUUCAAGUUCAAUACAAACUUUGGCCAGCAUAUCCUCAAGAAUCCCGGUGUUGCUGACGCAAUCGUCGAGAAAGCCUACUUGAAGCCCACCGAUUCGGUCAUCGAAGUUGGUCCAGGUACAGGCAACAUCACUGUUCGCAUCUUGGAACGUGCCAAGAAGGUCACCGCAAUUGAGUUGGAUAGUAGAAUGGGUGCUGAGCUGAGCAAGCGUGUGCAAGGAACUCCAGAACAGAAAAAGCUUGAGAUUAUGCUCGGAGACGCCAUAAAAAUGCCGUUCCCGCCAGUCGAUGUUUUCAUUAGCAACACUCCAUAUCAAAUUUCCAGUCCUCUUGUCUUCAAGAUCCUCUCUCUUCCCAACCCUCCUCGAACCGCUAUUCUCAUGUUUCAGCGCGAAUUCGCCCUUCGACUGACAGCCCGCCCUGGCGAUGCCCUAUAUUGCCGUCUUUCGGUCAACGCUCAGUUCUGGGCGAAGAUCACCCAUAUCAUGAAGGUUGGCAAGAACAACUUCAGACCCCCACCUCAGGUCGAGUCUUCCGUUGUCCGCAUUGAGCCUAAAAUUGGCAAGGACCGACCAAACGUCAGCUGGGAUGAGUGGGAUGGCCUGCUGCGUGUGUGCUUUGUUCGAAAGAACAAGACCCUGCGCGCAAGCUGGCUGGGCACCAAAGAGGUCCUCUCUAUGGUCGAGCGAAACUACCGCACCUGGUGCGCUAUGAAUGGUAUUCCUGUCGACGAGACCAUCGUCGAGAAUGGGCAGGACGAUAUGGACAUGGAAGGUGCCGAUGAUGGUGAGGAGCUCAAUGGCAUGGACGUUGAUGGGGACGAGGACGCCCCUGAUUUCUUCAAGGAGAUGCAGAGCUCCACGGCGGAUACCAAGACGAAGAGCAAGCGAAAGAAGACAAAGGUGGCUGAGCUUGUGCGAGAGAAGAUUCGAAAGGUUCUUGAGGACGUCACUGAACUUGCUGACAAGCGAUCUGGCAAGUGCGACGAGAAUGACUUCCUUCGUCUUCUGUUCGCUUUCAACGAGGAGGGCAUUCACUUCUCAUGA